AUGAUGAAGAAUCAUAUCAGCACCAAAGAUAUGCUUUAUUCAAUGGAGCAACAGCAGGAACAGGUCCUGAACAUGACAAUAUCACAAGAAGAACAGAAAGAGGAGUAUUACUCCUCACAAUCGUCCCUGAACAGCAACUCCUCGUCGUCCUCCUCUUCUUCAUCCGAAGCUGGAGGACGGUCGUCUCGUGUGAACAUGACCGGAGGGAUCAUUCCUUCUGGCUCUCUUCGAAGCCGAGACAGCGCCAGUUUGUCGAUCGAUGAAGACGACGACGAUAAUCAAAGAAAUAAUGAACGUCCUCAUCCUCACCAUCCUCAUCGCAAGCAGCAGAAACGAGUUUCCUUUCAUUCCAUUGAUAUCCGAGAAUAUUCCAGGUGCUUGCAAGUACAUCCUGGCACCAUGAAGGGACCGCCAAUCGGGAUUGACUGGAAGUAUCAAGAGGUGGGCACCUUUGACCUUGAGGAAUUUGAAACUCGUCGAAUUAAAGCGUCCCACAUGCAGCAACAGAGGUGGCAACUCCUCAUGCCUGCGAACGUCCGGGAAGCGUUGUUGAUUGAAAGUGGUACCACAGAGGAGGAAAUGAAAGCCGUGGUAGAGGAAGUCAGGAAAAGUCAACAAGAACGACAAGAAUCAUACGAAUCACAAGACUUGGAAGCUUGGUUCCUAUUAAAGGAGACCUGCAAACGGCGAUUUAAGAGAUGGAAGACUGGAGUGUCCAAGAAACGGGAGCAAGAGCUCUUGUGGGAAGCUGCUGCUGGUGUCCGACUUGUGGCAAACGUCAGAAAUGAGACGCAACAACGACACGUAUCUCGGGCAUGUCGAGCAGCAUGA